GGGAGGAAUGUUACCAAUCCUGGUUUUAUAUGUCGAUAUAGUGGUUAACAACCAUGUUCUGGAAAAGGCUCUGCUACAAUCUAUGAAUUUAAAACCCAUGAACUUUGUUUAUGGUCCAAUAUGUAAAUAUUGGCUUUCAUGUCAUAUAAUAGUGAAGCUAAAAGAGGUUAUAUAAAUACUGAAUGGGACUUGUUUUUAUAAUAUUUUUUUUCAGCCAAAACAUUUAAAUAUUUGUGGUCUUAAGAAUUUGGAUAAUUUGGAAAACGCAUUAAGUACAUCCCCCCACCUAAAAGAGAAAAACUAAUUAUUAACUCUCUAAACACUCAGUGAAUUAACUUUGUACACAACAUGGGUUAAUGUUAUAAUCUGAUGCAAUGAGCUACAGGCUACAGAAAGAUAACAGUAACACAGACAAAAAAAGUUUAACAAAGGAUAUCCGUUGUGCAAGGCAAUUUCAAACCACAUUUCACUCAACCGGAUCUGCUCAUUUCAUCAUUUCUCACUGCUGUGCUAUUUAUGAUAUUCUUGUAGCUCUGCUCUUUACAGAGAGCAAUGUCAUUUUUUUAAUUAGUAGACACUGUGACUGUGGUUGGAAAUCCAACUAAUUGGGCCGAAACUGACAAAUCGUAUUCGAAAAGCUUGAAAGUGUUUCAAUAUCUAAAAAAGAAACUUGUAGAGAAGGAAGCUGCUCGUUAUAGGACAGAACCUGUUUUUCACUCCAACGCCGGAGGCUCAUGGAGAGUAACGGUACAACCAACAAAAUGAAUGGAGCUUUGGAUCACUCAGACCAGCCAGACCCAGAUUCCAUUAAGAUGUUUGUAGGUCAGAUCCCACGGUCAUGGUCAGAAAAGGAACUUAAAGAUCUUUUUGAGCCUUACGGAGCUGUCUACCAGAUCAACGUCCUGCGAGACAGGAGUCAAAAUCCACCCCAAAGUAAAGGUUGCUGUUUCGUAACAUUUUAUACAAGAAAAGCUGCACUGGAAGCACAGAACGCAUUGCACAAUAUCAAAACUUUACCUGGGAUGCAUCAUCCUAUUCAGAUGAAACCUGCAGACAGUGAAAAGUCCAACGCCGUGGAAGACAGAAAAUUGUUCAUAGGGAUGGUUUCGAAGAAGUGUAACGAGAAUGAUAUCAGGGCGAUGUUCUCUCCAUUUGGCCAGAUAGAAGAAUGCAGAAUCCUACGGGGACCUGAUGGUCUAAGUCGAGUGCCCAGCAACAAUAUGGAAUCUAGCAGAGCAAGUCAGCACUGCUGUGCGUUUGUUACAUUUUCUACAAGGGCAAUGGCACAGAAUGCAAUCAAAGCCAUGCACCAGUCUCAGACCAUGGAGGGCUGCUCUUCACCAAUAGUGGUGAAGUUUGCGGAUACCCAGAAGGAUAAAGAGCAAAGACGUCUGCAACAACAGUUAGCACAGCAAAUGCAACAGCUUAACACUGCCACUUGGGGCAAUCUCACCGGACUUGGAGGACUAACACCUCAGUAUUUGGCACUCCUACAGCAAGCCACCUCCUCCAGUAACCUGGGCGCAUUUAGUGGCAUUCAGCAAAUGGCUGGCAUGAAUGCUUUGCAAUUACAGAAUUUGGCUACUUUAGCAGCUGCAGCAGCCGCAGCCCAAACCUCAGCUACCACCACCAAUGCAAAUCCUCUCUCCACAACGACUAGCGCACUGGGAGCGCUAACAAGCCCGGUGGCUGGAUCAACCGCAAAUUCCUCUGCUGGAGCAGCUAUGAAUUCUUUGACCUCUCUGGGCACGCUACAGGGAUUGGCUGGGGCUACCGUGGGACUGAACAAUAUUAAUGCACUAGCAGGUACCGUAAACAUUGCUCAAAUGCUCUCAGGUAUGGCAGCUUUGAAUGGAGGACUUGGAGCGACAGGAUUGACGAAUGGAACUGCUGGCACAAUGGAUGCCCUUACGCAAGCAUACUCAGGAAUUCAGCAGUAUGCCGCUGCAGCACUGCCAACAUUAUACAGUCAGAGUUUGCUACAACAGCAGAGUGCUGCCGGCAGUCAGAAAGAAGGCCCAGAAGGUGCAAACCUAUUUAUUUACCACCUCCCCCAAGAGUUUGGAGACCAGGACAUUCUUCAGAUGUUCAUGCCUUUUGGAAAUGUUAUCUCUGCAAAAGUCUUCAUUGACAAACAGACCAAUCUGAGCAAGUGCUUUGGCUUUGUUAGCUACGACAAUCCAGUAUCUGCACAAGCUGCUAUCCAGGCCAUGAAUGGUUUUCAGAUUGGCAUGAAACGCUUGAAAGUUCAACUGAAACGCUCCAAAAAUGACAGCAAACCGUACUGAUCUUAACCCCAGAAGCUUUUCUGCUCUAAUUUUAGCUUUCUUAGGAACAUCUCCAUGCCUGUUAGUUCACCGUUUGCCUAGCAUGUCCCUGUGGCGUCUAUAAAAAAAAAAAGUUUCAUCGUCCCGUCAUUGUUUCUGAUGUCUUUCUGACCUCACAUCAUAUUUGGUCCUCCAAAUGACAUAGGUUGAGCUCUGAAAUUUGCAUGUGAUCUCAUCUAGCUAUGAAUUAUGGGAAAAAAAUAAUAGUCAAAUGUGAAAGUGUUGCAGCAUUCAUGCAAGACUGAAAUUUACUAUCAGAGAAAUUAUAGGUAAAAAAAAAGGAGAUAAAAAAACCUGUGGCAAAAAAGUUAGAUUUUUUAUUUUAUUUUUGUUUCAUAACAUAAACAGACUUGAAAGUAUUACACGGGGAUUAGCAUUCUGUCUGGUCACUGUUAGCUAAAGCAAUAUGUGUCCAGUAAUGCAGAAUGUUGGUUUCUAAAUGAAGCAGACAACUUCCAAAACAGUUUGAGAAAAACUGUCUGAUUUUAAGUCUCUAGAGCUCAGUAAUAGUUUUUACAUUUUUCAGGCAGUGUAAAGUUUUUUGAUAAGGCCAUUUUAGGUGGCUCACUUUCUCAUUAAAUUAUAUAUAUAUAGAAACCACUUUUUGUAGAUUAGUAUAAGAAAAUAUUUACCCUGUUUUGGGGCAAAUGCUACCUAGUUCUGUCACCUUUUGCUGAACUGACUCACAGUUAGACAAUCCAUGGUUUAAUGCACAUGAAAUUACCUAUAUUUUAUACUGUUUAAAUGUACAGAAAAGAAGGUAAAUGUAUACUGUGUCACGUUGGUGCUUCUGUGAAUUUAGUCGUGGCUUCAUUAAGUCUUAAAAGUCCUCAGUGUUCUAUGUUUAAGACGUUUUACAAAAUUGGUUUACUUGAACAGAAAUAAUUUUCAGAAAAAACUAGUCUGUUUGCUACAAUUACAUGUGAAAGAAAUAUUCCACAAAAAAAUACAAAAAAAAGAUUUUGUGUUGGCUUGUAAAGCAUUUGAUGUUAUUUUUUUCUAUUGUGGGAAAACUUAGAUGUGUUUGUGUUCAGCAAAAUGUGACCUGUUUUUUUUCUUCUAAGGAAAAAAAUUCAGUGAAAAUACAGUGCCAAAUUCCAAAGGUACUUCUUGCCUAAAGCUUCAGUGUAUUUCGUGUAUGAAGUAAUUUGAUAACAUGGGUAUUUUAUUAUGUGUUUUGUAUAAAUCCCUUCUAUUUAAAAACAGAGGUUACAAAGUUUGUUAAAUUGCUAUCCUGUGGUCUUGUUGCCUGAAAUUGUUCUUGUUUGUUUUUUUUUCUCUUUGAUGUUUUUUGGUAAAAAACAUUGUAUACAGUUAAGUGCCCAUGUUUCACUUUUUUAACCACUGCACAUCAAAGCUGUGAAGGCAAACCUCACAAUUGUGUUUACUUCAUGGUCUGUAACUGUCUCAAGGUGAGGAAGUGUUGAACAGCUAAUUUUUUAAGCAUACUGUCCUUAUGAAUCAGGGUAUCUAUCUAAAGCACAUACAUUACACACAUGGUACAAGAAGCACAUGCAUGCAGUAUAUGUAGAACAUUAGAAACCUUCCAAUCUUCUAUGUCUGUAGAUACAGAUUCUCAUAAAAAUAAGCAUCAGUAUUACGUGUUCAUUUGUCUAAAUUUUCUGCAAAGCAGCGAAACUUAUAUAUUUAUAAAAAGGACCCAAACGUAUUCAUUAGUUGUGGGCUUAAUAUAACCAUCAGGCACCCUUUAAUUAUAGCAUAAGUGUAAAUAAAAUAGAAUCCGUUUCUUUGUUCUGUCAUUACUUAAUGUGAGCAAUACAGUGCCUGACCUAUAGACCCCACCCAAUGCUAUGUGCGUAAACCAGUACGAGACAAACCAUUAUAAUACUGUAUGUAAAAACGUCAUCUGCUGAAUAUAUAUAAUUACGUUAUAUAUUUUGCUUCAUAUAUGUAUUUUGUACUUGAACCUGAGUCCAUCCACAGUUAUCCGAGGGCUAUUUUUUAAGACAUAUGAACAAAAGGUGAAAAAAAAAAUCGAUAUAUACAUAUAUAUAUAUAUAUAACAGAUAACACAAAAUGUUUUUGUUCUGUAAAUUUAUAUGGAUUUGAGAGAAAUUUCUAAAUUUGUAAAAGUGUGUAAUGAAAGAAAAUACAGUUAAAAGUCUAUUUAUUAAUCUAGAUUGCUAUAAUUUUAUAGCGGCAUCGAUUUUCUAGAAGGGUUUAAUUCAAUGAUAUGUCUUUUCAUGAUAUUUUGCCCCAGUCUUACUAAUAGAAUCAGGGUAUCAAAUUUCUGUGUAGCAAGAAAGAAAAAAAGAAAAACAUUUUAUAAACAGUCAACAAAUCCUUGGCCACUUUUUUAACCUGCUAAGCACAUUCAGUAUGUGGCAUCCUCCUCGUUUAAGGUCUUAAGGUUAUUUAAAGUCUUCUCCUGCACUCACAUGGUUAAAACACAAGGUAACGCACUAAACAGGCAGUGCUUAAAGGACUUACAUGUUCAACUUUUUUUCACCAAGGGAUUCUAGUUUUUUGGCUUGUGCAACUCUGAAGUCAUUUUAACUGUUUGUUUUUAUUAUCUCAAGUGCUAAAUAAGAAAAAAAACUGUAGUUUCAUGACAUUUUUGAACUACAUCAUACAAAAGAAAUGUAUUUGUGUUUCUUUUUUGUGCUGUGAGAAUUGUUGUUUGUAGAUUAAAUAACUCAUUUUGUUUCGAUUUACAAAUAGUUUUUUUGAGUAUUGUCUGAGAAAAGCCAAAGUUCAUGCAAUUUUAGUGGAAUCUGUAAACUCAUUUAAGUAUUGUUUCUGUUCUAUUGAUGCAUUUUGGUUCUGUUGUGUGAUGGAAUUUGAGCCAAAAAGAAAAAACUAAAAAAAAAAAAAAUACCAGGCUUUCCUAUUUCUACAAAACUGAUUGUACUUAUGAAUUUUGUACCAGUGCAACAUUUUAUACUGGAGAUUAAAAAUACAAAAGGAAAAGUUGUGGCUUACUCUUGAAGGCCCUAUCAUUACUGAUUUUGAGUAUGAUUUCUGACUGGUAUAAUUCAACAAUUAAAACUUUGGCUUGCUUUUUUUUCUUUUUCUUAAAUCGAGCAUUUAGAACUCUGUCUAAUCAAAAGCGGUAAGUUUCACAUUUUAUUAUGUAUCGUGCAGUUACACAAUAAGGUAAUUAUAGUUAGAUGUACACAGUCACUUUCAGUGGAUAAAUGUACUAGUUAAAAAACAUAAAACAUUAGGGUUUGCUUUUUUGCUGUUUUGAUCAAAGUUUUUCCUAUUCUCUUGUCUUCAUUGUGAGCAUAAUUGUGUAGUUAAUACAGUCAAACUUAUUUUUGUAAUGUAUGUUAUUGUGUGAUGCAGUUUUUUGCUUCUGUCUCCAAUAUUAAACCAUUUUCCUAA